GACAAUCAUUGUUUGCAGGUGGCGACAGGGAAGAGGCCAGUGACCUGCUCGAUGCCUCGUACCAGAGCAGGGAUCAGCUGAAUUGGGAAUCUCCCGUUUUAAGAUCAGGAUGUGCUUGUGCCUUGCCCUGGGUUCCAGUCCUGACAAAUGACAGCUGUGGAAUACACUUAGCAUGGUACCUUUGUUUAAAAGCUUCCCCAGGCAGAGAUUGUUGCUGGGUGCCAGGUUUGCAUGAUGGGCAUUUAAUUUCUUAAUCAGCAAUGAGAUAAAUUCUUCGGCUUUAUUUUCAAAACAAUGAGAUCAUCGGUUUCUGGAAUGUCAGGGUAUGAAAAUAUACAGAAUUUGGUAACAAAAAUCAGCAUGAGUUUCUCUUUAGAAUCAGACAGAAAUUCUUUCAACCUUAAUAAGAAAUGUCUGCCAGUUUUGAAUUGAAAUAAAAGGACAAGUAACUUGAAAGUAGUCAGUAUCUGCCAAAAUUAAAUGUUUGUUUUUCAUUUGAAGAAAAGACUGCCAGCAAAAGCAAGUAAAUCUGCAAAGGAAUAAUUCUACACAGAUUUUGUAUCAGCUGCUUUCAUGAGGUUGUCUUUAACAUUAAAUCCUAUCUUUCUUUAAACAGAGGCUGUGUCGUAUCAGUAAAAGAGGUAUACUAAAGGAUUUCAGUUUGGUUGUAGGCCACAUGGUAAGUGUUGGUCUGUUUUAACAGGAGAAAAUGAUGCAAUGUUGAAUUUGAAAUUGUUUGCUAGCAAAACUGAAAAGUUCUUGAAAUCAUACUGUAAAACUCCAGCUAACAUUUUAAAAAUUAUGUUGGUUUCUGUCUUAAAUAGAAUGCAAACUACUGAACUUACCUAAUGCCAAAACACCUUUUUCAUACCAAGAGAGGACUAAGAAUGCCUCUGAAAAUAUGGGAAAAAAUUAGCUCCUGGGAGAAAACAUGAAAGUUGCUGUAUUUUACUUGUUGGAAAGGAAAACUGAGGAUCUGGGAAUAUUUUGCAAGGAUGGUGUAGCUAGCUUCUGGGUAUCUGAAGCAGCCAUGGACACCAAGAAUCUCAGGAGUGUGUUUGGACAAGGAAAAUCUGAUCUGCAUGAAGGGGGAGUAUUUCCAGGGCACUGCCAUGCCAAAUUGAAGACAGCAUGUUCUCUGCCUGAUGAAAUUUGGGAUGAAAGACAGCAACCACAAUCCCCAAUCUCAUCUCAGAACUGCCAGAGGAGAACUGUAGAAACCACUUGGACUGCUGCAAAGUCUGGCCACAGGGAUGGGCAAGAUGCAUUCCCAUGGUUUGGAAUGGAUAUCGGUGGAACGUUGGUUAAACUGGUCUACUUUGAACCAAAGGACAUUACUGCAGAGGAGGAGCAGGAGGAGGUGGAAAACCUGAAAAGCAUUAGGAAAUACUUGACCUCCAAUACAGCCUAUGGUAAAACUGGCAUUCGCGAUGUCCACCUGGAACUGAAAAAUUUGACUAUGUGUGGACGCAAAGGAAACCUGCACUUCAUCCGCUUUCCCAGCUGCGCCAUGCACAGGUUCAUACAGAUGGGUAGUGAAAAGAACUUCUCCAGUUUGCACACUACACUCUGUGCCACGGGAGGUGGCGCUUACAAGUUUGAGGAAGACUUUAGAACGAUGGCUGAUCUACAGCUCUAUAAACUGGAUGAAUUGGACUGUUUGAUCCAGGGCCUCCUUUAUGUUGAUUCUGUUGGUUUCAAUGGCCAACCAGAGUGCUAUUAUUUUGAAAAUCCUACAGAUCCUGAACAGUGCCAGAAAAAGCCUUACUGCCUUGAUAAUCCGUAUCCUAUGCUGCUCGUUAACAUAGGCUCAGGGGUCAGCAUCCUAGCUGUGUAUUCUAAGGACAAUUACAAAAGAGUUACAGGAUCCAGCCUUGGAGGAGGAACAUUCCUGGGCCUGUGCUGUUUGCUCACUGGCUGCGAGACGUUUGAAGAAGCGCUGGAAAUGGCAGCGAAAGGAGACAGCACCAAUGUGGAUAAGCUGGUGAAGGAUAUUUAUGGAGGAGACUACGAGCGCUUUGGCCUUCAAGGAUCUGCGGUAGCGUCCAGCUUUGGUCAUAUGAUGAGUAAAGAAAAGAGAGAUUCCAUCAGUAAAGAGGACUUGGCCAGAGCUACUUUGGUCACCAUCACCAACAACAUAGGUUCUAUUGCUCGCAUGUGUGCAUUGAAUGAGAAUAUCGAUAAGGUGGUGUUUGUUGGCAACUUUCUCAGAAUUAAUAUGAUUUCUAUGAAGGUGCUAGCAUAUGCUAUGGAUUAUUGGUCCAAGGGACAGCUAAAAGCUCUGUUUUUGGAACAUGAGGGUUAUUUUGGAGCUGUUGGGGCUCUUCUAGAAAUGCUUAAAAUGACAGAUGAUCAGUGAUGAACCUGUCUGAAGAGAUUCCUACUGCAGAUGCUGCUGGGUAAGAGUGAAAGCCACUACAAGGAUGGAAAUGAAGCCAUUAUGGUAGUUCUACCUGCUGGAUUUGUAAAUAAUUUAAAAUCCUUUUAGCUGAUCUUUAAUUUCUGGGUUUUGACCUUAUACUUCAGAAUUCAUACUGGGAAUUACGAGAUUUUUUUUCUGUACACUGUAUUUUAUAGGGGGAAAAUGUGCAAAGUGGCCAAACAUACAGAUUUUAUGGAUUUAUUUUAAAAAAUGGAUACUGUUUAAUGUAGGACCUGUGAUAUGAGGCAUCUGCUUUUCUUCUGGGGUUUACUGAUUCGUGUGGUAAUUUUAACUUCAUUUAGUAAUCACUCUAGGAGAUUUUUUUAAUCUUAUUUUCAUGACGUUUCAUGAUUUGUUCUUGGUUUCAAAUGAAACUACAAAGCUGAUGCAUUUUACUGUGAAAACUAGUCAUUGAUUUUCUUGCCUUUCCUUUCCUCAUUAGAUGAGAUACUUUAACAUCUCUCUGCCUACCCCCCCCCCAAAAAAAAUUUUGCAAAUCAUUCUGUGGCUAAAUGCAUUUCUUCAAAGGACUGUGAGGAAGCUUCGUAAUAGCAGGGGGUUUAAGAUUGUAAUUUUUUGGUGGUUAUGAAUUACAACAGGAUGAUACUGCCAACUGGUUCUGCAGGGCUGAUUCUUCUUUAUAAUAAAAAAUUCUAAAGAGGUUGUGAACUAAAAUUUUAAUUAUUUAGUUGACACUAGAAUGAGAAUCUGUUUCUGAAUAAAACCUCUGAUCAACAUGAAGAGUUCUAUAGUAAAGAUGUUAUUCACACUUGGUAUUAGAUGGGAAAGGGAGAUUAUCUUCAGUUAUUUUUCUGUAGUCUGCAAGUUUUAACUUGUUCUUAAUUGAAAACAACUGAUAACAGCAUUUUUAAAAGCCUAAUUACUAAAAUUAGAAAAAUACUCACUAAAGUAUUUUCUGCUUUUAAACCAGUGUUAACUUCCUCUCCAGGACACUAAAAUUUGAGUGUUUAUUCCAAGACAGUAUUUUCCACCUUUUCGGACUUGUGAACCCCUCUAGAUUUGUUUGCCCAAGUUGAAUUGAGUUGCCCUUUGAAAUCCAUGUACUUAGGUUGCUGCAGAGCUUGUAUAAACUUGGUCUCCUCAGAUACCUUGAGGGCUCACAAAUGAGAGGCUGAAAAACAGUUCAUAAAUUAUUUUGUCCUUGCAGUAUAAUGUAAAUGACUCCUCAGAGGGACAGUAUAAAAUUCAGUAUAUUUUUGGAAGGGGGUAUAUUUCACUUUUUUAAGUCAUUAACUUACAUAUCUCCCAAAUGUUGAAAGAUGGUAAUAUUAACUGAAGUGUUAACUUGUGUGAUGGAAAUAAAGACCACUACUGUUUUGACAGUUUUAAUGUA